AUGGGCGGCUUCUACAUACAAUACCUCGAGAGUCUCUGCCGUCGUCGUGGUUGGCACGAUCCCACAUACGAGUGUUAUCGCGAUACCAAUGGCUACACCUGCCUCGUCCUGGUCAACGGGCGGGAGUACCAAACGGAUUUAGCUUACGAGUCCGGGACCCUAGCCCAGGAGAACGCUGCCAUGCGUGCCUUUAUGGUCUGCCGGAACUUCUCCGUGAAUGGAGGCAUGCUUGCCCGCAACGGAAUUGUCCAAGGCCUUCCCGCGGAUGAGACUGGCCGCAAGACGAGAAAGAGCAGCCGGCACACAUCCUCUUCCUCCUCUAGCCACGGGCACAGGAGCCGGUCUGGACACCAUUCCAGCAGCAGCUCGACCACCUCACUGGAGUGA